AGUGCCGGCUGAAAAUGAGAAGAGGGGUGGUGUCUGGCGUGGAGGUUGCUACGAUGAGUUUGACACACAGGACGCACCCAAUUGGCUAAAUUAACGCACGAAACAGCAGAGAUUGUACUUGUACGAUUUUAAUACGAGGUGUCAGCUUGGUCUGAGGUUGUCUCUCGAAUUUGGACAGUAGAGGUGGACUUUGCGCACGAUGCUGUCACACGGCCUCGGGGCACUGUAAGCAGUGUGCACGCGUUUCUUUGAGAGGAUGAGCUGCUACUCAAAUCAUUCACUCAAUUCUAACGAGGGCAGUGUUGGACCAGCAAUUUUUCGCAGCCACUCAACAGGUUUUUUAUUAUUAGUAGUAUGUAUUUUUAUUUGCUUUUUACGUUUUUAUAGGCUAUAGUUUUUUUCAUACCCUAACUGAAGUUUAUAUUUUGUAGUAUACCUUUUAUUGUUGGCAUCAUGUUAAAAAGCAGAAAUCCCGAAAAACAUCAACUCGUGACCGAAGUGACUGCGAAGAGGAGCUACAACACAGAAAGUGGAGAUGGAGUGGUGGUUCUCGACAAGAACUUGGAUGUGAAGCAUUGCCAUGACAACAGUCGUGCCAAGGAGGACCGCGAGAGGGAGAAGAAAGUGGCGCGAAAGAGGCUCUAUGUGGUUUCGCUCAUCUGCCUGGUUUUCAUGAUUGGAGAAAUCCUUGGGGGGUAUUUUGCGAGCAGUCUGGCGGUGAUGACAGACGCAGCUCACUUAAUGGUGGAUUUGAUGAGCUUCAUCAUCAGCCUUGUGUCUCUGUGGCUCUCUUCUCUACCGGCCACACAUAAGCUGAGCUACGGCUGGCACAGAGCGGAGAUCCUUGGAGCACUUCUGUCUGUUUUCACCAUCUGGCUGGUCACUGGUGUACUGGUUUAUCUGGCAGUGCAGCGACUGAUCAGUAAUGACUACACCAUUGAAGGCACCAUCAUGCUGAUAACCUCUGGGUGUGCUGUCCUGGCAAAUAUCAUAAUGGCUUUGACGCUGCACCAGUCAGGACACGGCCACAGUCAUGGAGGUCUGAGCUCUCAUGGACACGGACAUGGACACAGCAACGGCCCUAAAUCCAACCAAGAACCAGAUCUGGAACAAAACCAUGACCAGGGACACAGGGCUCAACAGGCCAAUGCCAGCGUGAGAGCCGCCUUUGUUCAUGUUGUUGGGGACCUGCUCCAGAGCCUCAGUGUGCUGGUCAGCGCCAUCAUCAUCUUUUUUAAGCCUGAAUACAAGAUCGCUGACCCUAUCUGCACUUUUAUCUUCUCCAUAUUGGUUUUAUGCACCACAUUCACAAUCAUUAAAGACAUUGUGGUUGUGCUAAUGGAAGGUACUCCGGGAGGGGUGCAGUACAGUGAAGUGAGGGACCGCCUGCUGGCUGUGAAGGGCGUUACAGCUGUACAUAACAUGCGCAUCUGGGCCCUGACCAUGAACCAGGUUCUGCUCACUGCACAUGUGGCUAUAGAUGAAACUGUAGACGCUCAGUCGGUUUUGAGAGAAAUGACGCAGGCUUGUUACUCUACGUACAACUUCCACUCUAUCACAAUUCAGAUGGAGAGACAAGCUGACCUCAAACCAGACUGCACACUUUGUGAAGACCCCAAAAAGUAGAUUUAAAUAACCCGUCCACAUGUAUAUGACAAUCUCUAUUUUAAAACUUGAAUUAAUCUUAAAUCAUAUAUUGUAUAUCAUGUAAAUAUGGUUGGGUGAUAUUACCAAAAACA